CUGCAGGGGCCGAAGCGAAGACUAGAGCAAAGAGGGAAAUUGACUCUUUCUUUCUCUUUUCUUCCUUCCUCUUCCUAUAAAUACGGAGCCACCGCCGCUCACCGAAACAAGCCCCAAGGCGAAGGCAUAAGCCGGCGCCUAGAAAGGCAAAAACAGCCGACUGCCUACAAUAUGGGAGCUGAGGGAUUGCCACGGACGGCCACCACGAACGGUGAGACUGCGCCGCAUCAUCAUCCACCUCAAAUUCUGGGCCUUCAGCCGGCGGCGCUCGUUGACCACGUGGCUCGCGUCGAUUUGUCGUUGCUGGAUCGAAUCCCCGGCGACCGCGGCGGUUCUAUUCCAGUUGCCAUUGAAGAGCUUGACGGUAUAUUGACGGAGGUCAAGGCUCACGUGCUUGCCUCUCCAGAUGGUUCCUCCCUUGCAAAGACAAUUGCUGGAGGCAGUGUGGCGAAUACUAUUCGGGGACUGAGUGCUGGUUUUGGGUUGUCCUGUGGUAUCAUUGGGGCUUGUGGGGAUGAUGAUCAAGGCAGGCUGUUCGUGAGCAACAUGACCUUUCAUGGAAUCAACAUUUCAAGGUUGAGGUCCAAGAAAGGAUUUACUGCUCAGUGCGUUUGCCUAGUUGAUGAGCUUGGAAACCGGACGAUGAGACCUUGCCUUUCAAACGCUGUCAAAGUUCAGGUGCUUGCUUAAACUUUUCAGUCUUUGAGGGAUAGGCUUCUUCUGGCUGAGCCGUUUGAAACACUUGGAAAGUUUCUCCCUUUUUCAGGGUGAUGAAUUAGCCAAGGAGGACUUCAUGGGCUCAAAGUGGCUGGUAAUGCGGUAUUCCAUAUUCAAUUUGGAAGUUAUCAAAGCUGCUGUCAAGGUUGCAAAGCAAGAGGGUGUUUCCGUUUCAUUGGAUUUAGCUAGUUUUGAGAUGGUUCGGAACCAUAGAGUUCCGCUGAUGGAGUUACUUCUAUCUGGGGAUGUAGACCUCUGCUUUGCUAAUGAGGAUGAGGCUACAGAGCUACUGAGAGGCGAAGCACAUGCUGAUCAUGAAGCUGCUCUUGAAUUCCUGGCCAAACACUGCCGGUGGGCAGUAGUCACUCUAGGUGCAAAUGGCUGCCUUGCAAAACACGGAAAGGAGGUGGUUCGAGUUCCAGCCAUCGGAGAAUCGAAGGCGGUAGAUGCUACCGGUGCAGGGGACCUUUUCGCCAGCGGGUUCUUGUACGGUCUGACCAAAGGAUUGAGCCUGGAGGAAUGCUGUCGAUUUGGUUCUUGCAGUGGCGGCUCCGUGAUUCGAUCUCUAGGUGGUGAAGUGACUCCAGAGAAUUGGCAGUGGGCGUACAAACAGAUGCAGGCAAAGGGCCUCCCCAUCCCUGAAAUCCGCAAUUGAUUAUGACGAUAACACAGAUAGCCUUUACCAAAUAUCUUAUCAGCCAUUGUUCAUUUCAAGCCCAGUUCGUUUGAUUUGGAACUUGCUACAUUAAUGGAGGAGGCAGCUGUUUGUUGUUGCAUUUUGGGGUGGUGGGUCGAACGCUGAAAUCAUUCUCUCUUCUCAUGUAUGUUUCCAAGUUCAGAGUUUAUAGAAAGCUUUCAUCCCAGAUGAACUCGAGCCUACUUGUUGAUUGCUUAACUGGAUUCUUAACUGAUAGCUUUCAUAGUUGUAUAUGAACUUAGAGCAAUAGCAUGAUGAACCAAGAAGUCUCCAGGCCCACGUGGCUACACGUAAAAAAGAAACUGCAGAACAAUGUGUAAUACAUAUGAGUCAAAUGG